GCGCGCGCGUGACUGAUACUCGCCGGGCGGAAAGCGUUAUUCAUCAUCAUUGCCCGGCAAUAAGUGGCCCAGUAGAGGUGUGCGUGUAUAUGUGUGUGUUCGUGGUGAAUGUGUGUGCGCUCGCGCCAAAAAAUCGAAAAUGCCGGCAAACCUCUUAUCGCGGCAGCACGGCACCCCGUACGACAGUCCUAAGCGCGACGCGUGAAUCUUGUUUAAUCCUCCGAAAAUAGCGAACACGCGCAGGACACCGCUACAGUCAGAAUCCUUUUAACUUUUUCGAACGUUUUAUUAUUUUUAUUUUCUCACUCGCCGCUAAAUCGUAUUGGUUAUACGUCCACGGCACAGGCGUUAUACUAUUAUUAUAAUAUUAUUACAGUAUAUAAUAGUCGAAUCGCAUAACAUUUCGUGCGCGAUGAUCGCCAAGAUGCGGUGCUUGUUUGUAGUUAACGUGCUGGUGUUGAAGAUCGUGGUCGGUGCUGCCGAAAUACCCGACGGUCAAGCACCGUGGACUCACAAAGACACUGGUGCAACGUCCGCCGGCACGACGAUGACGGACGGCCGAAACGUGAUAUCGCCGCGGAUGGACUUCGAAGAGUGGACGCCGUUGGGCCGCGGCGACCCGCUUAAAAACGACCCGACGUUCGACUACCUGCCGCCCGUGCUGGACCGGGUGCACUAUUGGAAACCGCCGCCGCCGGCCACCAACCGCGCGCACUACUACUCGUCCGCGUCCACCGCGACGCCGACCACACCGCCGUCGCAGGCCGUUCACGGCGGUUACAACCGACGGUUUUUCCUGACGGACUUCUCGAAGAGGGAACCGGUGGUCGCGGCUUACGCGGCCAUUAAGCGGCCCCCGCCCAACAACAGUCUGCUGCAGCCUCACCACCAUCACCAGCACAAUCAUCAUCACCCGCAGCAGCAGCAGCAGCAACAACAACAGAUCCAACACCACUUGCAAACGCUACAGUCGGCGCCCGCGGCCGGUUACCACUACUCGAUGCACCCGGCCGCGCCCGUGCCCAGGACUCCGCUGCCGAUGCUCACUCCGCCGCCGUACCAACAGUGGCCGUCCACCGUGAGCGACGUUCAGCGACAGUCGCCGAUGUCGUCGUCGUCGUCGUCGUCGUCACCGGACGUGCCGGGAAACGCGGCGGCCGAGAGCAAACAACCGCCGCCGACCAUGGUCCGGGCGCCGACGCGACCCGCCUCCCCGUCGUCCAAUCAUUUAUCUGUCGUCAAGGCGCUGUUGGACGACGAAGUGGACCGGACCACUGUCACGACGACCGGUGCCGCGAUCACGUCGGCCGUCUGGAUGACGACGACGAUGCCGCCACCGCCGCCGCCACCCGUCACUAUGACCCCGCCGCCGCCGUCGCAAACGGCCACUUCGAUGACCGCGGCCGCUCGGACCACUCCGUCCGUGGUCUCUUCGGACCCGCUGUUCUCACAUUACAGACAGUCGCCGAUCACCGGCCGGCCCAUGUACCUCAUCAUACAGGGCCACUCGAAGGUCAAGACUUACGGACCGGCCAGCAAGGUGGACGAUCUGAACGCUGCCCCGGCGAUACAGGACCACAACCACAUCGGCAGCCAACCGCCCGACGAACCGAGCCGGAGAAAACGCGACCACUACUACGGUUCACGUCGAUGAAACCGCUGAUCUUCGGCACCCGUUUAUUUUAUCGGCUCCGCGAGAGAAGGCUUUUCCGACGGUCGUAUGGCGCAUAGUUUAAUACACGACGCCACGUUUUUGUUAGAAUAUCGUCCGGUUUGCCGACUCUGCGCUUCUCGGUUUCGUCCUUUAUUCGAAUAAUUCCAAAUUUUACGUUUUAUUUAAGGUAGUCGAAGAGUGUACAGUCCUUUGGCGAUACGCUCUAGUCCCUCCUCUUUAUCAGUAAUGUAUCGACAGCAAUGUUUUGACGUGGGUAACGUUAAUUGAAUCCAAAAUAGUGGUUUCCUAUAGUCAUUAUUAUAAUAUUUUAUUAUAUAUUAUUUAUUGUUUAAUAAUAUUAUAUGGGAUAAAUAAAAUACUAAAAAUUUGAAGAAAAAAAAAAUUAAAUAUUAUCCGUAAUAUUUAGUUGAGUACUAAUUAUACAUGUCGCUCGGACAAUUGUCAUACAUUUAUUAUUAAAUCUAUUUACCAACCAAUGUUAUGUUCUAUGUAUAUUAGUAUCAAUUUUAAUAUAAAUGACAUGACGUAUUAAAAAUGCAUUACUCAUAAAUCAUAAUCAUAAAGAAAAUUGUAUCAAAAAUCGCUUGUUCUAUUUUAAUUUUCGAUGCGCCAAAUAUUUAGAGAAAUCACCUAAUUAACUAUUAUUCAACCGUAAAAAAUAAAAGUCUUCACUUAAAAACAAAGUUUGUCAUUCCACAAAUCAAAACUUCAAUACGUAAUAUUUGAUAAAAAGAUAAAACGGUGUAUGUCGUAUGACCAUGGUUGGUGAAUCGCUCUGUUAAAUGUAUAUUAUAUAUGUAAUGUAUAACAUUCAGAUACGUUAUUUUUUAAAUGGUGAUCCACUUCAAAUCUCUAGAUAAUUAUUUCGGUGUUGUUUCAAUAUAGUAGUAAGACGACAUUCCGAAUCCCGGUGCCAUUGCUUGAAAAUCGUAUACCAUAGGUGGAUCAAACCUUACAAAAAUCGUAAAACCAAUCGUAUCCGAAGUGAGUAUGACUAUGAUAUAUAGUUCAUUAGUUCUCAAUUGAAACGACAGAUCGUGGUUACAGGAUUUUAAAAAUUGCACUAAAACAUAAAAUGGUAAUCAAGUAAUCAAGUAUUUAAUUUCUCACUACUAUAUUAUUAUAUGUAUAACUCGAUACUACCACCAAACUUAAAAAUGAGGUCACCAAUUUUAAAUUAUCCAAUGGUCAUAAAUCAUAAUAUUACGAUAUAAUAGUGGUAAAUAGUAACAUUUGGAAUAUUUGUAUUUUAUAAUCAUGCGUUAAUUUUGAAUCUUGGUAAUAAAUACUGUAAUUUUGGAUGCAUUACUUAGUAUAAUAUAUAAUAAACUUGAUUUUUAAAAUUCAGUUUAAACAGUUUUCUAUAAUAACGAAAAGAAACCGAUUUUGGGGCGACACAUAUUAUUUUAUACUUAGGUAUUACAUAUGAUAUAAUAUUCAUUAAUUAUUGUGUUAUAGUCAAUUCAAUAUAUUAUUCAUUAUUAAUUAAUAAUUACCAAAACUAAUGAAAAUGAAUAAUUAUAGUUUAAGUAUUGUAUUAUAAUAUUUAUUUAUCUAUAGCAAGUAAUUUUGUCUAGUUUAUAGAUAUUUACCAAAGAUUAAAAGAAAGUAACAUUAUACAAGUUAAUUUUACUUUUUAAGGUAGUAUUAAUAAUGCGGUUAUUGAUUUAUUGUAAUAUUACGAUAAUCCGUUUAAUAAUAAUUAUAAUAAUAAUAUAUACUCGUAGUUAACUUAUUUUUUUUUUUAUUAAAUAAGCAUUAAGCAAUGUAUGAGUAAAGUUAAAUAAGUCGCUUUUAAAAAUUAUUUUUACUAUUAUAAUAUAAUUUGUAUUAUUGUAUUGGUAUACAUAUUAUGCCUUAGAAUAGUUACCAAAAAGCAAUACCUAUUGUACACUCUUUGCAACUGUACAUAUACAUAAUAUUAUAAUAUUUACAUUUAGCGUGAAAUUAUUGUUAUUUUAAGCACUUAUCUCGUUCAGAGAAAGAAUAAUUUAUUUUAAUUUAAGGUAUUUACCGCUAUAUGCGUUAUACUAUUUAUUAUACAUAGUUGUAAUAAUUUAUACUAUUUAUAAUGUAAAAAUUAGACAAUUAUUUGAUGCUGGCAGUAUAAAAAUCGUCGAUAUUAUAUACAAUAUAUUUAUAUAAUAUUUUAUCUGUUAUUUAAACAAAAAUGUUCUUUUUGUUAAUUUAAAAAUUGUAUGGAAAAAAGCGUAAACCAUUUUAUAAAGUUUAUGUGUUUUAGUAUAUGUAAUUUCAUCCAAACGGCGUUGUUGUUAUUAUUUAUUAUUAUUAUUAAUACGUAUUAUGUGAAUAGCGUUUUAUACACUUUAAUAAUAACAUUGUACUUAUUUUACUCUCCCGCGGAGUUACGCUAUUUUAUGAUUUAUCGAUUAACCAACAUCAUGUUUUGAGUUUCACCCCUCCCUCGUGUUAUAAAUUUUAUUCACUUUUAGUAUUUUUAAGAUCAGUUCAUCCGUGUAUAUUUAAAGUAUGCAAUCAAACAUAUCAUUUAAACUUGAUUAUAAAAAUUGUUAUUAUAUUAUAAAAUUGAUAAAAUAAUAAUAUUCUAUUCAUAUUUUAUAUCAAAAAUAUAUUAUUUAUAAAUUUAUAAUAUUAUUAAGAUAUAUUUAGUAUAUAUUUUUUUAAACCAUA